ACUUUAUGAACUUUUGCAAAUUUGUUGUUGACACUAAUUUAUAUGGCUUUCGUUGUUUAACUAAUUUGUAUUUACUGAAUUCUUUUACAUAGCAGAUUUCGUAGAUUUUCUUUAACGAAUAACCAAGAAACCCGUUUUGUUCGUUUAGUUGUACAAUUUGAUUCAGACACACUACCAAAUUAACCGUUAAGCAAUAUACUCGUAUUUAAACCGUUACAACAACAAACACCAUAAAACAUAUUCUGUAAAAUACUGCAUUGAUCUCUUUGUCGCAAACCGCUGCGUCUCUGUCUAACUCUUUUGUGUACGUCCCAUUUAUGACCUCUAUCUUCUCCUAUCCAUCUGUAAAACUGUCUUACACCUUUCAUUCUAUGCGACUUUGUGCAAAGCUUCUCUAACAUAUAACACUUCCUCGAGAGUUAUUGUUACUUGCACACUUUUUUUUUAGGUAUUUAAGACUUCCCUCAGAACCUAAAGCAUGUUUUAUUGCAUUCAGUAUUAAUUUUAGCCUAAUUUUCGAUUUUAUAAAAGUUCUUUGUACAAUUUUUUUGCAUGUUCUACAACUAAGAAUGUGAGUGUAUUUUAUAUUAAAUGUGUUGUCUUUAACAAAUUAUGCAUAUCCAACUCUUGGAUAUACAUAAGUACGUAUAUAACUCAUUCUACAAGCAACAAAGUAACCAAAUCUCCUAAUAUUAUAUACAAAUAAACACCUAGCUAAAGUUAAAAGAGGGAUCGACUCGUAAAUAAAAUACUCUUUAUUUUAGAAAAUAAAAAAAACAGAUGUUGACACAGGGUGAACUUAAUUUUUUUUUUUUGCAAAGAGGCUGAAUAAUAUUUUCACGUGAAUUUGACGGUUCGCUUCUAAUUUAUAUAAUAUACUGUACUGUACUGAAAGCAAGUUCAACCCUUUAACAAUUAUCCAUGCAAUUAAGUUUUUACUGCAUACGCAAUAAUAAGUAAUUUCAGAAUUAAUAUAAUAAUUAAACUAUAUAAUUAUCACGCUACAUUUUAUAUUAAUUUUUCGCUCAGCGUGCAACUCUGCACAGUUAGUGAGCUGUGAACAUAGCCAUGCUCGCUCAGCUGAUGUCGUUAUUUGACAGCCAACAAGUUGCCGCCAAAAUACAAACAAGUGAGCACCGGUCAACAAUUAGAAAACGUGUUUAAUUCUUUAGAUUAACGUAUUUAAAUGGUUAUUCUAUAAACAUAGCUUUAAUUUGUUAUUUGUUACAUGUAAAAAAUGUCUAAAGUUAAAAGUGACAAAGUGACGUCGAAAGAUAGUGUACAUGGUGAAAACAGUGAAGAUUCGUGCGGUGAUGACACAGCCAGCGUCAGCACUAAUAAUACCUCUCGCAGCAAAUCACCAACCACACGGCGAUCUCGUGGUCAUAGGCGUAGCAACAAAUCAAAAGCACGUAAACCUGCAUAUAAAUAUGAUUACCAUGUGAAGGAAAAUCAUGGACAGGCGAUUUUUGGUAUUAGUUUCAAUCAGUGGUUGGGGAACGAUCAGCCACUCAUUUUCGCCACAGCAGGUAGCAACCGCUGCACCAUUUAUGAGUGUCCACGCCAAGGUGGUAUAAAAUUGCUCAUGUGUUACGCCGACCCGGAUCCAGACGAGGUGUUCUACACAUGUGCUUGGUCAUACGACAUUAAAACAUCACUACCCCUGAUUGCCACGGCUGGUUAUCGUGGUGUGAUUCGGGUUAUUGAUGUGCAAAAAAAUGAAACUGUGGGCAACUACAUCGGCCAUGGGCAAGCCAUUAACGAACUGAAAUAUCAUCCACGACAGCCGCAUCUCUUAUUAUCUGGUAGUAAAGACCAUGCGAUACGCCUUUGGAAUACACAAUCGCACGUGUGUAUAGCAAUUUUUGGUGGUGUAGAAGGUCACCGGGAUGAGGUGCUUUCUAUCGAUUUUGAUUAUCGUGGCGAACGUAUUAUGUCCAGUGGCAUGGAUCACUCUUUAAAACUGUGGUGUAUAAAUACAGAAGAUUUUAAGGAGAAAAUCGAAUUUUCGCGUACAUUCAAUCCAAACAAAUCACAGCGGCCUUUUCCAACCAUAAUGCAGCACUUCCCCGAUUUCUCCACACGAGACAUUCAUCGAAACUAUGUGGAUUGUGUGCAAUGGUUUGGGGAUUUCGUCCUAUCUAAAUCAUGCGAGAAUUCUAUAAUUUGCUGGAAACCCGGACAACUGCAUCAAGGAUUGUCGCAACUCAAACCCAAUGACCCAUCAUGUACCAUUAUAGCCGAAUUUGACUAUGAUGAAUGUGAAAUAUGGUUUGUUCGAUUCGGAUUUAAUCCGUGUCACAAGAUAAUUGCUUUGGGAAAUCAGCAUGGUAAAGUGUACGUGUGGGAACUCGAUCCCAGUGACCCUGGGCACACAAACACGAGUACACUAAAUAAUUUAAAAUGCAAUUCUCCUGUGAGGCAAGUGGCAUUCUCACGUGAUUCCAGUGUUCUCGUCUAUGUAUGUGAUGAUGGUACAGUCUGGCGAUGGAACAAGACCAAUGUCGUACAAAAAACGCCAUAAAGAUCUCACAAAGAGAGAGAGAGUGAUCAUUUUUAUACUUUUCUUAUUAUUUAGUCGCAGUAGGAGCAAUUUAGUAUGCAAACUAACCAAAUCGAAAAUGCCAAGUAAAAUAUACCAAACUGAGAAACGGAAAAAAUGUUGAAACUGUUUGUUUUUGGUAGUUUAAUAUUACAUAAGUCUAUCAUAACUAGAUAUAAAUUUUAAUAGAUAAGGAGAUAAAUGUUGUGCGUAAACGCUCAAGAACGCUUUCAAAUAUG